AUGGCGCCCCGCGCCCGGCCUGACGCCGCUGCGGCCGCGCAUCGGGCCGCUGCCCAGGUAGCCUCGGUGUUGCUGCUGGCGACCCUGGGGGAGCCGGCGGGGAGCCGCGUCUGCGACUGCCUGAACUGGAAGCAGGUGUACGGCGAGGGCCUCGCGGAGUGCGGCGAGGGCGCAGAGCUCUUCCACUUCUUGGCCCGCGCCGGCGUCAGCGCGCGGGACGCGCGGUGGAUCCAGCGCGAGAACCCCGCCUGGGCUUCCAUCUGCACGGAGUUCUUCACGAAGCUGGACACCGACCGCUGCGUCAACGUGGCGGUGCACCCGCACGGGCGAGCGGGACUGCCAGGAAGCAGCUGGUGCUACGUCUCCAGCGACUGCCGCUCCCUCAACGGCGGCAGCCCGCUCGCAGACACGUACAGCUUCUUCGGCCUCGGCGGCCGCGCUGUCAGCUGGAAGCGCUGCGCGCGCGGCGCCGACCCGCUCCUCGCGGACAUGCCCCCCGGCGACCUGCUCGAGCUCGCCACCAGCUGA